CCUUCGACUUCAAGUAAAACCUUUCUUUAUUCCGAACUGGGUAUUAAUCAAGUAUCAUCAACUCUCUCGCGCGCAAACACUCACACACAUACUAGAUCUCUCUCUCUCUCUCUCUCCCUAAAUUAGCUACUGAGAAAGAAGGGUAAAGGAUAAGAAAGAUGAUCAUCGACUCGGUUUCGGACAGCAAAGGCUCAGUAUCAGAGCAGAAGAGCAAGAGAACGAGUUUGGUGGGCUUAAUAUUUUCCUGGUCCUUGAACGAUGUCUUCAACAACAACCUCUUCAAGGACAAGGUUCGAAAGAUCCCGAAAACUUUCACGUCGUUGGAGGACUACUUCAGUUCUUACACCUUCCCGCUGAUCGAAGAAACGCGUGCCGACAUGUGCUCCGCUCUCGAAUCUUUCGCUCAUGCACCGUUCGUCCAAGUAAUAUCGAUGGAGGACUCUAUGCCGAUCAAGUUAACAUACCGCGUUGUGGUCGCAGAUUCAACGCAGUCGACCUCGAACCCAGGGCGAGCUGAAACUUACACUCCGAAGGAUGCAGACAUAUUUGUGUUGUCGGAAUUUAAACCGAAGCACCUAUCCGAGUUAACACGGAACCAAAGUUCAUAUGUUAUCGCCUCGGUCCUCAGCGCCGGAGAAAAUGACACGCUCCCACCAAAUCAUAUGAUCAUCAAAGCAUCUCGAAGUGUUGUUGUUGAGAAGGACAGGGAAACAAAGAGGCUUAAAAAACCACUUUUUGCAGUGUUCCUGAUGAAUAUGACAACCUCUACUCGAAUAUGGAAGUCGCUCGAUCUGGAGUCGACAUUAGAGAGGAAUACUAGCAUCAUCGAAAUGGUCUUCAGUUAUCGUUCGGCGGACGCAGAAGGUCGGAAUAAGUCAUCUUCAUCUGUAGUACGCAGAAGUUUCGAAGACUUUGCAAUAGCCGACACCGAUCUUCACAAUUUCGGGCUUAAUGAGUCUCAACUGAAUGCAGCACAGGCAUGCAUAUCAUCGAGGCAAAACCGUGAUGUCUCCAUAAACCUCAUAUGGGGGCCUCCUGGCACCGGAAAAACGAAAACAAUUAGUGCUCUUCUCUGGACCAUGCUGGCCAAGAAAUGCAGAACACUCGCAUGCGCACCGACAAAUACGGCAGUGGUAGAAGUUGCAUCCCGACUCUUACGGCAAUUUAGGGAGUCUUCAUGGGGUAGAAGCUGUCGAGUAGGCGACAUGGUGUUAUUUGGAAACAAGGACCGGAUGAAAAUCGACGAUGACCUCUCUGACGUAUUUUUGGAGCGCCGUGUUAAAAGGCUGUUGACGUGUUUUGUCCCAGUGACAGGGUGGAAGCAUUGCCUUGAUUCAAUGGCCGAUCUUCUCGAAAAUGCGGUGUCUCAGUAUCAAAGGUAUCUCACAGCUAAAGAGGACAAAAAGGAGCAAACUAUAAAGAUGACAUUUAUGGAAUACGUUGUAAGCAUGUACAAUCGGCGCGCAACGAAUUUGCGUGAAUGUAUUAAUAUAUUGUCUGCUCAUCUUCCGACCGCCUCAACCUCACUGGAGAAUUUUAAGCACAUGAAUCAGGUGCUCGAGUUGUUGAAAAUCAUCAGAAAACUGUUAUACUCAGAAGAUACCGACGAGGGAAAGCUCGAAGCGAUUUUUGAGUCCACCACAGAAGUUGAAUGUCCUAGCAUCGUCUCGUUCACGGAUUUGCUAUGCUUCAUGGAAGGAAACCAAGAAUCAACUUUAAACCUGCAGGUGGCAAGAUGUUUCUGCCUUCAGAAGUUAAAAUUCCUGUCCAAAAAUCUUAAUCUUCCAAAUAUUUAUGAUCGGCGCUCGAUUGAAGAUUUCAUACUGCAAAGAGCGAAUACCGUGUUAUGCACAGCUUGUAGCUCUUUUAGGCUGCAAAAUGUGAAGAUGGAGGGGGAUCCACUUGAACUGUUGGUCGUCGAUGAGGCUGGACAGUUGAAAGAGUGUGAGUCAUUGAUACCUCUGCAGAUUAAGGGCAUAAAACAUGCAAUCUUCAUCGGCGAUGAAUACCAGCUUCCUGCCCUGGUCAAAAGCGAGACAUCUGACAAAGCUGAUUUUGGGAGAAGCCUCUUCGAAAGAUUAAGUUCACUUGGGCAUGAAAAGCAGCUUCUCAGUGUUCAGUACAGAAUGCAUCCGUCGAUAAGCAAGUUCCCCAAUUCUAACUUCUAUAAUAGCAAAAUAUCAGAUGGUCCAAAUGUUCUCUCUAAGGAAUACGAGCGAAAGUAUCUACCAGACCAAAUGUACGGCGCAUAUUCAUUUAUAAACAUUGAACAUGGAAAGGAAGGAAAGGAUAAGUAUGGUAGGAGCCUGAAAAACAUGAUAGAAGUUGCUGUGGUAGUGCAGAUCUUGAAGAAAUUGUUCAAAGCAUCAGUUACUAUUGGAAGGAAACUUAGUGUUGGUGUAAUAUCACCAUACACAGCUCAAGUAAAAGCCAUCCAGGAAAAACUAGGGAGAAUAUAUGAGAUGUAUGAUGGCUUCUCUGUGAAGGUUAAAUCAGUUGACGGCUUUCAAGGUGGCGAGGAGGACGUCAUAAUAAUUUCUACGGUUAGGUGCAAUUCAAGUGGAUCAGUAGGUUUCCUUUCUAACGCACAGCGCACAAACGUUGCUCUAACGAGGGCUAAGCACUGUCUCUGGGUUUUAGGAAAUGGGCCGACACUAACUAAGAGCGAGUCUAUAUGGCAGAAAUUAGUUGACGAUGCGAAAAAUCGCGGCUGCUUUUUUAAUGCUAAUGAAGAUAAGGAUCUGGCUGAUGCUGUUAUCAAAGCAUUUGUUGAGCUUGACGAGCUCGAUAAUUUGCUGAAUAUGGAUUCACUGCAUAUUAGCAGGCCAAGGCAGAAGAAUUUUAACCGUGCGUCUGGCGCCGUCUCUGGUCCCAGUUCAUCACGAAACAGAACCAAAUUGAAGCAUUGAGUGCAGCAAAGUCGAAAGACGCAGAUAAAAUUUAGUUUUUGGGGGAUGCAACUCGUAACCAGUAGAAGCUUUUCAUUAUCUUACUAGCAACGUUACAAUUAGUAGUUCUUAUUUUGGCUAUGGAAUUUUUCUAUUUUGUUUCCUGAUGAUGUUUCUUUUUAUAAUAGUUAGCCUUAAAUAUGUUAAGUCAAAAAUAAUGAAUGCUAAUAGUUUUGUCUUGCA